AUGGUAGUCGGCUCAUCACUAUGGGUUCGAGAAAGAUCCGUCUAUGCAGAUUCAAGCUACACUGGAAUUCAUACACACCCUAAGAAAUGGGUCACUUUGGAAUGGUGGUCGCUAUACAGCGUCACCCACCAGAAUCAGACAACAGCAGUCGACGCCGCCUGGGAGGCUUUACAGCCAACUCAUGGAAUUGUCGCUGUUGAUUCGCAAUGGGCCGACGAGCGACAGCUUCUGCCAUCAAUGGAGUUGCCUGGCGACACGUCUAAGCGAGUGUAUAUACUCGAAGCUUAUCACAUGCUUCAUUGUCUGAAAAUACUACGGAAGACCUUUUACCAGAUUCUCAGGCGAGAAUCUACCACUUUCAAGCUGCAGCAUUCAAACCAUUGCUUUGACGCUUUGAGGCAGAACAUCAUGUGCAACGCUGACGAUACUCCUUUGUACACUUGGAAUCGUAGGACAGCUGGAGAUGGACAACCUCGAAAAUGUCGAGACUGGAAUAUUCUGCGUGACUGGGCUUCCGAGCACAAAGCCUGCUACCGUAAUAUUGAUGGCAGGGAGGGAGGUCAAUUCAUCCAAUGCGACGAUGAAGUCAAUGCUGACGACGGCUUGAUCGUGGAGAGCUUUGACAAACUCUAA